GAAGGUUUAGGGUUUGUGUGGAUCGAUCGAUGCGAGCUUCCUCUGGAGCUGCGUUGAAGGAAUCCGAGGUCUCGCGCUACGCCAGGCUCUUGCAGGAAUGCUGCUCCAGGCGCAACGUUUCCGAGGGGCGGCGGCUCCACGACGAUCUUCGCAGGUCCGGCUAUGGCGAUAGCAGCUAUCUGCGGCGCUGCGUCGUCCAGAUGUACGCCAAAUGCGGCUGCCUGGCCGAUGCCAAGGCGGCAUUCGACGAGAUCGCGGACAAGAACGACUUCGUGUGGAAUCUCAUGAUCUCUGGCUAUGCCAGGAGCGGCAAGAACAGGGAAGCUCUGGAGCUCUUCCACAAGAUGGACAUCCCGCCGAAUGGAUUCAUCUUUGCGAGCGCUCUUGCGGCUUGUGCCGGGCUGGGGGAUCUGGAGCAAGGCAGGGAAAUCCACAAGAGAGUUCUCGAGUCGCCAUCCAUCGCCAGCGACGUGGUCGUCCAGAACUCGCUGGUGACCAUGUACGCCAGGUGUGGUAGCGUGCUGGAAGGCAUCAAGAUCUUCGACGCCAUGCCAAGGAAGAACUUGGUGUCCUGGAACGCCAUGAUCUCGGCGUUCGUGCAGUGUGACUAUCCCGAGCAGGCACUGGAGCUCUACCAUCGGAUGAAGAGGGAGCGCUUGGAGCCGAAUGGAUUCGUCUUUGCGAGCUUGCUCACGGCCUGUGCGUCGCUAGGUAACUUGGAACUUGGUUCUUCCAUCCACCAGCGUAUAACUUCUCUUGGUUUGCAGCGUGACAUUGUCAUGGAGAACGCUCUCAUCAACAUGUACUCCAAGUGUGGCUGCAUGGACGAGGCGCUCGAGGUUUUCAGCGGGCUUGCGACCAGAGAUGUCUUUACAUGGACGUCGAUGAUCGCGGGCUAUGCGCAGCUUGGAUUCGGCAGCGAGGCUUUCGCUUUCUACGAUGGAAUGCGGCGAGAUUGCGUCUCGCCAACUUCCGCUACCUUCGUCGCGCUGCUGUCCGCGUGCUCGACGUUAGAGCAAGGUAAGCAUCUCCACGAGGAAGUCAAGGCUUUUGGUUUCGAAUCGAUCACUGUUGUGGAGACUGCGCUCAUGUUCAUGUAUUCCAGGUGUGGGAGUCUGGAGGACGCGGAGUUCUUGUUUGCGAAGAUGCAGCAAAAGGACUACGUGAGCUGGUCAGCCAUGGUAACGAGCCAUGCACAGUUCGGUGACCCCGGUAAGGCGCUGACGCUUUUCAGGCAGAUGAUUCUCGAGGGAAUGCAGCUGAGCUUGCCAACUUUUUGCAGCGCACUCCAGGCCUGUUCGCUAAAGCGAGAUUCACGGUUGAGCAAAACGAUCCGGGAACUUAUUGAUUGGAGUGGGAUAGAUAAGAUGGAUUCCAUACGGGCAGAUCUUGUCUCGGCGUACAGUAAGUGUGGUGACAUGGAAGAGGCACGGAAGAUAUUUGAUAGAAUGGAGAGCCGGGAUGUCCUGACUUGGACAGUCAUGAUAAAAGGCUACGCGCAACAAGGUGAUUCUAAAGCGGCACUGGAAUUGUUCCAUAGGAUGAAGCCUGAAGGUGUGGAGCCGGAUAGCGUGUCAGUUGCCGAAGCCAUCAUGGCUUGCUCCAUUGAGGGGGACUUGGAACAGGGAAAAUUUUUGGCGAUAAAGCAGGAUUUUCGAUUUCAGCCGAUAGGAAACGCUCUGCUCAGUCUGCACAUCAAAUGCGGCUCCGUGAAGGAAGCGUUGGAAGUUUUCGAUAGGACAGAGGAAAAGGACGUCGUGACAUGGACACUUAUGCUAGAGUGCUACUCGCAGCAGCAGCAGCAGUGUGGGGAUUACAGCACCGAAGCCUUUGGUCUCUAUCACAAGAUGCUUUUGGAGGGGAAGGAGCCGAGCUAUACGACAUACGCGGCCGUUGUUUCGGCGUGCUCCCCUCAAACGUUUCGACAAGGCAAGGCUGUUCACAGGAGGAUCAUCGAGUGUCAACUGGAACGCCUGCCGGAUAUUGCCGUCGCGCUUGUCAACAUGUACUGCAAGUGUGGGAGUGAGCAAGAGAUCAGGGAGGUGUUUGCCAAGACGAGGCAGCAAAACAAGGUGGUCAUGUGGAACGCGGUGAUAGCAGCUUUUAACAGGCAUGACAGUGGCGAAGAGGCCAUCAGAGUGUAUCGGGAGAUGGUUUUGGAGGGGCUGUCACCGAGCGUCGUCACGUUUAUGAGCGUCCUGAGUUCCUGUGCUCGAGUGGAAGAUCUGCGAACCGGAAGAGAGGUCCAUUCCCGUGCUCUAGCCUGCGGGAUGCUACCAGACUUCGUGAAGAACGCGUUGAUCACCAUGUACGCGAGGUGCAACGCCUUGGGCGAGGCAAGGCAGGUGUUUGAGAGCGUGGGGGAGAAGUGUACCGUAACUUGGACCGCGUUGAUUGGAGGCUGUGUCUCGGCUGGGAACGAGCGAGAAGCUCUCAGUCUGUUCAAGCGGAUGGAUUCGGAACCAGACGAGGUGACGUUCUCGUCCGUUCUUCAGGCGUGCUCCAACUUGGAAGAUGGCAGAGAAGUCCAUGCUCGCAUCCUGGCCGCACAGGGAGGAAAGAUGUCCGACUUCCUUGGGAACGGUCUCAUCAACAUGUACGCGAGGUGUGGGAGCAUGAGAGACGCGAGACAGAUCUUCGAGAGCAUGGAUAGGAGCAGCAGGAUCUCGUGGUCCGCGAUCAUGACACUGUGUGCUCGGCACGGACAGCACGACGAUAUCAUUGACACCUACAGGCUGAUGGUCAACGAGGGAGUUGUGCCGGAUGGAGUUACGCUCAUCGCCAUCCUCAACUCGUGCAGCCACGCGGGGCUGACCGACGAAGCGUGCCACUACUUCACUUGGAUCAUCUCCGACUUUGAGCUGCCACACUUGGACGAGCAUUACCAGUGCAUGGUGGAUCUCCUGUGUCGGGCAGGACGGCUGGACGAGGCGGAGGAGCUCAUCAGCAUGAUCGACCGGCCAGACGUUGUGACUUUGAACACGAUGCUGGCGGCUUGCAAGAACCAACAGGACCUCCACCGCGGAGCAAGAACAGCGGCUCAGAUGCAAUCCACCGAAAGCUGUGCGGCUCCGUUUGUCCUCCUCUCCCAGAUCUAUGCCGGGGAGCAUCACAACACCCCAGUUCCUGGUUAGAGAACCGCCACAAAAGCCAGAGUUUCGUCCUCCUUCAAAGAACCUUUGGAGAAGUUCUCGUCCGGAGAAGUUCUCGUGGUCUGGAAUCACAACACAACAAGGACUGAUGGCGUCAUUGACAUUCUCAGCAAGGUAGUCAACUCGAAAAGCAUUUGUACCAACGAUGGACUUCCGGAGCAAGUCAUCGCUAGCGAUGUAUACAAGUGUCAAAGUCUGGAUCAAAUACAAAAACCCACUGGAACCUUCCUGUUCUCU